ACAUCCUCCUCAGGUCUUCCUAAACCGCACCCAGGCAGCAGGCAGGGGAAUCAGCAGUGGUUUAAGGGUUAAUGAAGAUGAAAAAAACUCGGGACUGAGCAGUCUGGGCGAAGCAGGGGUGAGAAGAACAAAGAAGCCGGGAAGCGAAGAAGUGCAAAAGGAGAGAAAUUAGGGCAGGAAGAGCUCAAAUCUCUGGGAUGUGCUGUUCUGCAUUUUUCAUCGCUGCCAAAGCCUAAAGAAGAACGAGGACUUCAUUUGGGAGGGAACUAUACGGGGAAUAGAUACUGAAGUGACUGAUAUUGCUGAAGCUCACAGUUCCAAUGGCUCCUGUGUUACGCGUAAAAGUUCUUCGGAAGAAAUCCGAGAGGCUUGAGCGGAAAAGGUGGCAGAAAUAUGUGGUGAUAUCAGAAAAGAUUCCAUCCAUAGAAGAUGUGUUGGACGGUGUUUAUAUGUCCCUACGCCCUAAGCCGAGUGAUUAUGAAGUUCGAAGAGCUCUGGUUUUUGUCUUCAAUGAAAUGGCCAAGGACAUCUAUGGCCCUGGUAUCGAUGCCCCUGUCGUGGAGGAGUUUGGAUCUUUCUUAAUGGAUUUAUUCACCACUAAAAGUGAUCUAGAUAUAUCUGUUAAUUUUGGGAACAAUGAGGUUCAGUUUUCACGCGAGAAGAAGAUUCAAAAACUCAGGAAGUUUGCAAAGAAGUUAUAUGCACUGCAACGAGAAGGGCACGUUUAUGGUGUUCAUCCAAUAACUACUGCCAAUGUGCCUAUCCUUAAGGUCGUUGACCGUGGAACUAGAAUUGAGUGUGAUAUAUCAAUUGAAAACAGGGAUGGAGUCUUAAAGUCUAAGAUAGUUCAUAUGAUUUGUUCAAUUGAUGAAAGGUUUGGGAAGCUAAGCUUCCUGAUGAAGGCAUGGGCAAAAGCACAAAACAUCAACAGUUCAAAGUUCAAAACCCUUAACUCACUGUCUAUAAUACUUUUGGUUGCUUUUCAUCUGCAGACCCGAAAUCCUCCUAUUUUGCCACCUUUUUCUGCCAUAUACAAAGAUGGAGCUGACCUCGCAGCAGUUGAAAAGUUAGUGCAUAACCUUGCAAAUUAUGGAAAGAGCAAUAAAGAAUCAGUCGCUGAAUUGUUCAUGACCCUUUUAAACAAGUUAUUGGCAGUGGAGAAUCUCUGGUGCAAGGGAAUCUGUGCGAGCACUUAUGAAGGAUCUUGGUUAUCAAAAACAUGGGACUUUAAAGUUGCCUGUAUUAGUGUUGAGGAUUUCACUGACCGGUCUCAAAAUGUUGCAAGGGCAGUUGGAGUGAAAGAAGUGAAAAAGAUAUAUAAGUGCAUUCAUAACUCAAGCCAACACAUUUCUGCUUUCAUGGAGGGCAAAAUUGAGGGGUCUACUCUAAAAGAAUAUCUGUUUGGCCGAAGUGGUCUGUCCACUUCAGCGAAGGGAGAGGGGACUAAAAAUGCCAAUAAAAAUGGGAGAAGACAUAACAAGGAGGUGGCUGUUAAAGAAAGCCAGCAAACGAUUCCCCCUAAACCUGCUUUGGCUGGAUGGGAUAGUUCUCCAUCAGGAAAUUUGGGACCAUCAGCUGCAAAAGUUUGGGGCGAUUCCACAUCUGGAAGUUGGGAAAAAUCAGUGCUUGACCGUUGGGGAGGAUCAACAACAUCUGAAAGUUCAGAGAAACCGACUGCCAAGGGUUGGGGAGGAUCAACAACACCAGAAAGUUGGGGUAAAUCAACAGUGGAUGUUUGGGGAGGAUCAACAACAUCAGGAAAUUUAGAGAAGCCAACUGUCAAAGGAUGGGGAGUAUCAACAACAUCUGGAAAUUCAGAGAAUUUGAUUUUAGAGAAAACGAGUGCCAAAGGUUGGGAAGGAUCAACAACAUCAAGAAGUUGGGGAAAAUCAACGGUGGGUGUUUGGGGAGGAUCAACUUCAUGGAGUAUAGAGAAACUGAAUGCCAAUGGUUGGGGAGGAUCCCAUUCACAAAGUUGGGGAAAACCAGUGACUGGUGUUUGGGGAGGAUCCCAAACACAAGAUUGUGGAAAACCAGCGGCUGAUGUUUGGGGAGGAUCGCAUUCAAAAAGUUGGGGAAAACCAGCAUAUGAUGUUUGGGGAGGAUCGUCAACAUUUGGAAGAUCAGAGAAGCCGACUGCCAACGGUUGGAGAGGAUCACAGUCAACAAGUUGGGGAAAACCAUCAUUAAAUGCUUGGGGGGGAUCAACAUCAGAAAGUUUGGAAAAACAAACUGCCAAAGGUUGGGAAGGAUCUCUAUCAAGAAGUUGGGGAAAAGCAACGGUGAAUGGUUGGGGAGGAUCAACAACUUCAGGAAGUUUAGAGAAACAGACUGCCAAAGGUUGGGUAGGAUCACAAUCAACAAGUUGGGGGAAACCAACUGUAGAUGUUGGAGGAGGAUCAAUAACAUCAGGAAGUUUAGAGCAAUCGAGUUUAGAGAAGCCUGCUACAAGUGGUUGGGAAGGAUCACAGUCCAAAAGUUUGGGAAAACCAGUAGUAAAUGUUUGGGGGGAAUCGGCACCAGGAAAUUCAGAGAAGCCUACUGCCAAAGGCUGGGGAGGAUCACAAUCAAGAAGUUGGGAAAAGCCAGUAGUGAAUGUUUGGAGAGGUUCAACAUCAGGAAGUUUAGAGAAACCGACUGCCAAAAGUUGGCGAGGAUCAACUUCAGAAAGUUUAGGCAAACCAACCGCCAAAGAUUGUGGAGGAUCAAAAUCAAGAAACUGGGGAAAACCAAAGGUGACUACCAGAAGUUGGGGAAAUUGGGGAGGAUCAACAUCAGAAAGUUCAGAGAAACCAACUGGCAAAGGGUGCGGAAGACCACAAUCAAGAAGCCAGGGAAAACCAACAGUAGAUGGUUGGAGAGGAUCAACAGCAUCAGGAAGUUCAGAGAAACUGACUGCCAAGGGUUGGGGAGGAUCGCAACCAACAAGUUGGGAAAACCCAGCUGUGGAUGUUGGGGGAGGAUCAACAACAUCAGGGAGUUUAGGGAAACAAACGGUCAAAGGUUGGGAAGGAUCAAAAUCAAUAAGUUGGGAAAAGCCAACGGUGGAUGUUGGGGGAGGAUCGCAACCAACAAGUUGGGAAAAACCAGCUGUGGAUGUUGGGGGAGGAUCAACAACAUCAGGGAGUUUAGGGAAACAAACGGUCAAAGGUUGGGAAGGAUCAAAAUCAAUAAGUUGGGAAAAGACGACGGUGGAUGCUGGGGGAGGAUCACAACCAACAAGUUGGGAAAAAGUAACAGUCGAUGUUCGGGGAGGAUCAACAACAUCACGAAGUUUAGAGAAACCAGCUACCAAUGGCUGGGGAGGAUCAAUAGCAUCAGUAAGUUUAGAGAAACGUGCUACCAAUGGUUGGGGAGGAUCAACCCCAACUGUGGGUUUCUGGAGAGGAACAGCAUCGUCAGAAGGUUCAAGAAAAUCACUCUUCACGAAGAGGAAGUGGUCUGAUGAGAACAUGGGAGAAACAUCCACUGGAAAGUUGGGCACAGCUCCAACGAAUGGCUGGACAGGAGGUAAGCAGCCUACACAAUUUAAGCCAAUGAAAAGGUCGAAACAUUAUAAUGGUAAUUGGGGAGGCAAAAAUGCGGGAGGAUGGGAAAUGGCUUCGCCGCAACCUGCUGAUAAUGAUGUGGGUUGGGGUAAAUGGGGUGGAACAUAGAUUCAGUGCUCCCAAGAAAGUUGCUUUUGUCAUUAGAAUUCGCGGAAUCAGCUUUUCUUCUGCUGAGGAAGUACUUGGUAGCAUAACAGCCAAUCUUUUUGCAAGAUUUUCAUUGGCUAGUGCACAAAUUGUGUUAGACAGUCCUCUGCAGUCUUUCAUGGUUAGCAGAUCCAUGUAAGUUAAUGGUUUCUGUAUUCGGGUUUCAUUCCUUGCAGUUCUGGUUUUCAUUACUUGAAUGGCGGUCUCUCCUUUUGUUGUUAUGCAGUCAAUUUGAGUGUCAAGCACGGUAUUAGGGGAGAACUUGGGUUGUGUGUUUUGUCAAUUGCAAAAUGCAAAGGGGAAACAUUAUGUAAAUUUAAUUACAAUAAGUUUCCAUUGUAAUGUUUGGUUUUUGUCGGAAGAAUAGCUGCGGUUAGCGGUUACUAUCCU